AUGUUUCGAAGUCGACAUCAGAAAGGUUACUUCUCUGUGUUUUACAGCCUAGGUAGCAGUCCGUUACAAUUCUGGUCCACACAUAUACAAAACGGUUACAUCAAACGCGUCGUAGAUGAGGAUGUCAAGUCCGUGGUUAUGGAAAUUAUAGGUUCAAAUGUAUCCACCACCUACAUCACAGGACCACGAGAUCCCAAAAUGUCCUUUGGGAUCAAAUUACCCUUCUUAGUGUUGCUUAUUAAAAACCUACACAAAUAUUUUACAUUCGAAGUUAAAAUUUUAGAUGACCAACGUUUUAUGCGCCGCUUCCGCGUUUCAAAUUUCCAAAGUAAAACGUCUGUCAAGCCCUUCUGCACCGCUAUGCCAAUGGGUAUGUCCCCGGGCUGGAAUCAAAUACACUUUAACUUAGCCGACUUCACGCGCCGUGCUUACGGCACCAACUACUUGGAAACAGUGCGUCUGCAGAUACAUGCCAACGUUCGCAUACGGCGAAUUUACUUUACAGACCGCCUAUAUUCUGAGGAAGAAUUACCCAAUGAAUUUCGUUUAGUUUCCAAGCGAACGGAGAAAAAGAAAGCACGUGAAUAUAAAGUGCCUGCCGCACGUCCGCCAUCUCCAGCCAAAUCAGCAGCUACAACUGAACGAGCCGGCUCUCCUGGUGGCGAAACAUCUGCUUCCGAACUGCCUACUGACAUGGAAAAAUACUAUUGAUAUUAGUUUUGAAGUCCUCAAAUAAGUAGGAUUGAAAGCUCCCUGAAAAGGCAUCGCAUAGAUAUAUUUAUAUACAUUAAUGUAAGGGUGACUCUAAAUUA